AUGGGGUUCUGGGAAGGUUCGACAUUUGGGAAUUUUAUAGGUUCCAAGAGCUAUAUGUUUGAAUUAACCUAUACGUGUUUUGUAGCCAACAAUCAAUGGUUUCAGCCUCCGACAAAAGGAGACAUACCCACAGGUUGCGCUGCAUUUGGUUUUGCAACUGAUGGAACCAAAGUACUUGUUUUUGGUGGUAUGGUGGAGUAUGGAAAAUAUUCGUCUGAGUUGAUGGAAUUAAAUCCUGCGAAAUGGGAAUGGAAGAAGCUAAAACCACGUGCAUCAAGAAAUUCCACAGUACCCUGUGCAAGAUUAGGACAUAGUCUGACAUUUGCCGAUGGCAAAUAUUAUUUAUUUGGUGGUUUAGCAAACGACAGCAAAGAUCCGAAACAAAAUAUACCACGUUAUUUGAACGAUUUAUAUUCAUUAGAAUGCAAAACAUCUAGUAGUAUGUGGGAUCAGCCAGUAGCGCGUGGUACACCUCCAAUCGCACGCGAAUCUCAUACAUGUAUCUAUCAUCUUGGUCAAUUAGAUUGCAGACCAAAAUUAAUUAUUUAUGGUGGAAUGAACGGGAAUCGCCUCGGUGAUCUUUGGUGUUUUUACCUAGAUUUUUCUCAAUGGACUCAAAUCACACCAUCUGGUAUAAUACCGCAACCGCGUAGUCUUCAUACAUCAGUGGUACUUGGUCAUAGAAUGUUUGUUUUCGGUGGUUGGGUACCACUAGUUUCAUCAGAAGACCGCUUCACGAAUGAAAAAGAAUGGAAAUGCACAAAUACCUUGUCAGCAUAUAAUUUGGAAUCCAAUUCAUGGGAACUUCUUGGUCAAGAAUGUCUCGAUGAAAACGUACCGCGUGCUAGAGCGGGUCAUUGUGCGGUAUCUGUAAAUACAAGAAUGUACAUUUGGAGUGGCAGAGACGGCUAUAGAAAAGCAUGGAACAAUCAAGUGUGUUGUAAAGAUCUUUGGUGUUUGGAAACAGAAUAUCCAAGUGAACCUGAAAAAGUGCAAUUAUUAAGAGCCGGUGUUGAUAAUUUAGAAGUGUGUUGGAAUUCAGUUCCUGCUGCUGAUUCAUAUAUUUUACAAAUUCAGCGUUUCGAUUUAUCUUCUGAACAAGCCGGAUCAAAUCCAUUAUAUACAGUAAAAAAUCCACAGUCAGUCACAAAUUUAGUCAACACACCGUUCAUCCCAUCUUUUUCAAACGAACAGCAACCACCGAGUGCAUCAGCAUCUGGUAUUUCAGAUUCAGAUGCUGUCGUUGAGCAAUGUUUAUUACCUCCGGUUAUGAAUAAAUCAUCUGAGGGAGCACCAGUUUCUAACUCCUCGCAUAGUUUAGUAUCAUCAAUCAGUACAAUUAAUGCUCAAGCAUUACCGAUAUCGGCUGUUUCAUCACAAAUGAUGACAAAUCCUAUGAACAGUACGAGUAAUUCAUCUGUUGUGUUUCAAAUUCCAACUGUUUCAAUAUCGUCAAAUUCUGUAUCGAUGCCAACAUCUAUCACAAUGACAUCGUUACCUUCUUCACAACAAUCCACUUCUGCAUCAUCAAUCACAUUCUCAAAUCCUACGAAUUUACGUCUGACAUCAGCAAAUACUUUUACACCACUAUCAACAGGUGUUAGUCAUCCUAUUGUACGACCAGGUACAAAUAUUCAAUUUAUAAAUACAUCAUCCACUGGCGUUUCGCCUCGCCCAAUUAUUUUUCAAAAAACAUCAACACAACAACAGCCACAACUCUUGACUGUUGUUCCAGGGGGCGUUCGAUUACAGCAUUUGACGCCAACAAAUUUCACACCGGUACGAACAACAGCUAUCUCCCAGCCAACAACAAUCGUUCGUUUGCUACCUCCAACUCGGCCUCAGCAAUCACAAGUUAUUCAUUUAAAUACGAUAUCUUCGAAUCAAAAACCAUUAGUCAUUAAGGCAAUAACUACGCCCACCAAUUCUGCAACGACGACUGUUCAACAAACACCAGUUAACAUUCAACAUCAGCAGCCAUUAUUAUUAACAACCACUCAAAAUAGAGCAGUUACAGCUGGUAAUAAAAUAAUUAUGACAAAUAACAAUAACACUGGACAAUUAUCAUCGUCGAAUCAAGUAUUUAUUUUAAAUCAAGCUCCAAAUAUGAAUAAAUAUAGCAAUGUUACUUUUUCAUCUUCGCCUAAUAUUACAUUACCUAUUAAUUCGUUUGAUAUGAAUAUUGGUACAAUAACUAACAAUUCGAACGAAGGAGCAACAAUUUCCAACAGCACAACGCUUGAAAAUGGAACACAAGAGGAAAUACCGGCUGAUAUUGUUCAGCUUCUAGGAAUACAAUCAACGACAACAGGAAAUUUAAAACAGUCCGCAUCAGAAACUGAUAGUCAUAAUAUUGAUCAUCUUUCACAACUAGAUGGUUCUAAUGGCCAUUGUGUUAAUAAUAACACUGAACAUAAUUAUUGUUCGACAUCCAAAACGACAAGUAUUGAUAAAAUAUUAUCGAGUAUACAAUCGUGUAUAAUGAAUAAACAUGAAAAACUGAAUUUAAUGGCGAUUCCUCAGCUCGAUGGGAUAUUUGACUCUGUCGAUGAACAUAUAGCACAGAAUGAUGGAAUGCAUAUUGUUAGUCAACAUCCAACAUUAACGCAAUCUGGCGAUGGCUUUCAUCAUCAACAACAUACAGCAGUAUCAAAUACUCUUUCUGUGCCUGUUAGUACCAAUAUUGUGUUAAAUUCAAAUGAGAAUACUAGUACAAACAAAUUAGAACAAAAUAGUUGGCAUUUAGUGGGAACGUUUAAAACAAUAUCAGCAAAUAUUACACAUUAUUAUGUCGUACCACCAAAUAUUGAUCUUGAUACACAUGACAUGGAAAAUAUAGAAGCGAAUAACUUAGUCAAACGUGUCGAACUUGAACCGGGUGCUAUUUAUAAACUUCGAGUUGCUGCCAUUAAUGCUUGUGGACGUGGUCCGUUUAGCGAUCCAUCAGCAUUCAAAACUUGUUUACCGGGCAGUCCUCCUGCCCCAUCCAAUAUAAAAAUUAGCAAGACAUUAGAUGGUGGUGCACAUUUAACAUGGGAUCCACCACAGAAUUCAUCAUCAAUGAUAACUGGCUACGCCGUGUAUUUAGCCGUAAAAAAUCCAAAAGAUGCUAAUGUAUCAGCUGCGACUCAAAAACAAACUCAAAUGGCUUUUGUACGUGUCUAUAGUGGAACAAAUCCGGACUGUUCCGUCCCUCCACAACAAUUGUUAACAGCGCAUAUAGAUUUAAGUUCCAGUUCGAAACCAGCUAUUAUAUUUCGUAUAGCUGCUCGAAAUGAAAAAGGUUAUGGACCAGCUACUCAAGUUCGAUGGUUACAAGAUCAAAAAGAUACAUCAUCAACACUAAAUAAUCUUUCAUCACCUUCUUUGUCAGCCACCAGUGGACAAGUAAAUAAUUUUAAUCAUUUAACUGUUGCUCCGACUACCUCACAGUCAAUGGUAGGUGUUAGUUCAUCAAAACGAACAUCAUCCAGUUCAUCACAAUCAAAUGGUACAAAAAAACUGCGCGGUGGAGAUACAUGA